UGUAGAGUGAAACCUAAGCACGCUGGUGUUGGUGAUACAUUGACUACAUUUGAAGGUAGAAAAAAACAGCCUUGCCAGCUGACUGGUAGGCUAUACAGGACCUUUAAUGCAGCUGCAGCUCUUCAUUCAGAUGCUGAGUGGAGCAGCGGAUGACCGGAGGAGGGACGCAUUUCUAGGAAAACGAGACCGCAGCUCUAUUCUAAUCGCAUUUUUAAAACCUACUGAGAUGCAUACUUAUAGUAUUUAGCUGGGGGAAGUGCUCUCCUGGACGCAGACCGAGCGGAUUGCGGCAAUCAAAGCGUCCUCAGUGAUCGGAGCUCAGCAGCAUCACAUUGCAUGAAAUGCGUCACCGUGAUCCAGUUUUCCCAUUUACACAUAUCGACUCUCCACUCACGGACUGUUCCUCGCACUGACUAUUUCAUCAGGUAACCACAUGCGCGGUCCGGUGUCACCGCGCUGAGCCCGGAGAGCACGAAGGGUAGGCUUCAGGGGGUCAGAGUGACAAGAGUGGCCGGGAAAAGGUGGACCGGAUGACAACCAGAACCUCUGAGGCCUCGGGGCUGUCGGUGCCGCUGCACCGCUGUCACGGGGUUCUCCAGGCCAAUAACGGCACCUGCGUGGAGCAGCUCAGCAUCUUUCCGCCGUUCUCCUCCACCCUCGCGCUCCUCGUGCUGGUGGCCGUGCUCGUGGGGAUCGUCCUCGUUUCCCUGGCAACGUUCCACUUCCACAAGAGGAAGCUCCGGAACAGGAAGAUCCAGCGCGCGCAGGAGGAAUACGAGCGCGACCGUCGCAGCCCCGCGCGCGCCGGGGCGAGCGGGGAGCCUGUGAGGCCGUGCGUCAUCGUCCGGCCGGUGAGAUGCGGGGAGAAGCUGUCGUGCGGGGACGCCACCGAAGCGGCGGGGGACAACCAGGCGCUGCACGAGACAGUUCCCCUUGACUGUUAACUUAGUGCAACUUCAGGGAAUGAGACUGUGGAAUAAACAGGAAAAGCAAUAAGGCACAAAGGACUCCCACACCCAUCUCUGCUGCUUGUAGAUUACUUAGAAACAGUAGGAAUAGUAGGCCUAGAGGUAACACCACAGUGGCACAUAGGUUAGCUAUGGCCACUCACCUUGCUAAUACACUAGUAGCAGUAUUCCUUAAGGAACUGUAUAAAGUAUUUGCCUGCUUUGACUUUUGGACCUCCUCCUCUCUUCCCCAGCCUAAAAUAUCGUUUAAACCUCAAAUAUGUUUAAACUUUAUAUCCUCCCUGUGACAUGUAACACACGGUUGUGUUCAAUUAUUAAGAGCUGGUGACACAACACAGACCUUAAUGGCUCGCUGAUCUUCCUUGGCAUGUCCUCUGACACACUACCAGUAUGUAGUUGUAGACUAUAAUGGAUGUUGUGGUGCUGUUAGGCAGUGCAAAGCUGCAUAUAGGCUGUAGAAAUGGCUUAUUUGUAUGCGUAGUAUUUUUUCCUUGAAUUAAGUGACUUAGCAUAUUUGCAUUGAGUACUGUCCUCCAAUGUCUGUUAGACAUCUGUAGGUAGCUCUAGUUAGCCUGACAGUAUGCAAGACUUUUGCUGUAGUUAUGCACAUAAGAUGUUUUUUUAAUGUGUCAGAUAGUAAGUUUUAGCGCUUAUACAGUGUUUUAAUUUUUAAGUAUUUAUAAUCUAUUCUCUGAUAUGUAAUAAAUUGAGGAUCCUUCCAAGAGAGGGUUUCAGUUCAGCCAGUCUUUUUUUUUGACCCUUCAUAUUGUAUCAUAGUGGGCCUAUAGAAAGUAUGUGUCAUUUAUUAAAUGAAUUCACUGUAAAUGUAUGCCAUUAUGAGAGCUGGAAUGUUUUACAGUAACAUCAUCUUUCUGGAGUUCAUAUAAUCUGCCUUAUCAAAGGAAAAAUAUGUAAUAUUCAAAGUUUAUAAAUAAAUACUUAUGUUAUGUUAA